AUGAAAGGCUGCAAGGUUAUCAUCCUUGACAUCCCUCUGCUAUUUGAGACAAAGAUGGAUACAUGGACAAAUCCAGUCAUUGUUGUCUGGGUUGAUCCAAAAGUCCAGAUUGAGAGGCUCAUUUCAAGAGAUGGAUGCUCUGAAGAACAAGCUCAGAAUAGGAUCAAUGCACAGCUUGCACUAGACUGGAAGAAAUCAGAAGCAGACAUAGUGAUUGACAAUUCUGGCUCUCUGGAUGAUACCAAAGAGAAAUUCCAAGAAGUGUUGAGGAAAGUCUCGGAGCCCUUGACAUGGAAGGAACGCUUGAGAUCUAGAGAUGGUCUCAUCUCUGUUGUCGUCUGUACUGCAGUGGGCAUAUUACUUGCCCAGAAGAAUCUGCUAUGA